UAUCUUGGGCACUUAGUAAUCGCCUAGGCACCACAAUUACCCUCCUCUAUUCCAUGAUAUCGGCGAUGAGUCAGUACAUCUCCAAGACAAGGCGCAUCGCAUUGCAUACCUAGUAUGUAGCAUGUUCGACCUUACGUAAAUCGUUGCCUAGUAUCAAUGGCAACUCGUAUCGAGCCCACUCCCCCCGCCUACUCUUGUGCUACCCCAAGUUCUUGAUGCUACCACGCUGUCGUUUUAUCUUUUUAACCCUUCCGUGAAUAUCUCCUCCUUCCGUGUCUUUUUCUUCUUCUUAGUCAACAACAGCAACGAAUCCAACAACAACGAAUCAUACAAAACACAAAACAUCUUACCUUAGGGUUUGCUCACUUCCAGAAUAUGGGUUUAGACAAGAAUCUGCCUGCUGGCCUAGAGGAGGUGGAUAUCAUCAUUGCAGGCGGAGGAACUGCAGGAUGUAUCGUGGCUGGGCGAUUGGCAGAGGCCGAUCCAAACCUCUCCAUCCUAGUGAUCGAAGGUGGCCGCGAUAAUUACGACAAUCCCCUAGUAUUAACCCCUUGUUUAUACACGGCAAACCUUCUUCCAAAUUCCGAGACUGCAAUUUUCUAUCAAGCAAUCAAGUCUAAGCAACUUGCCGAUAGGGAGGUGAUAGUCCCCUCCGGAGGCACCCUAGGCGGGGGUUCCUCUAUCAACUUUAUGAUGUAUACACGAGCUCAACGAGAUGACUUCGACUCAUGGAAGACUCCGGGGUGGUCGGCAGACGAAUUAUGGCCGUACCUAAAGAAGCUUGAGACAUACCAUGGUCCAGGUAACCCGGAGCAUCACGGCUACAGCGGUCCGAUCCAAGUAUCUGACGGGCCAUUCCGCGGUAAACGCGCAGAGGAUGAGUGGCUUAAUGCAGCAGCCAAGGUCGGGUAUCCAGAGAUCAUUGAUCUCCAAAACUUGGAUACCAACAAUGGCUUCCAGCGUUGGCUCCGUUACACCUCACCCGAAGGCGCAAGAUCUAACACUGCUCACGCGUACUUACACCCUCGGCUACGGGAUGGCAAGCACCCUAACUUGCACGUCCUAGUCGAGUCAAGUGUCGUACGCGUGCUGUUUGAUGAGAACAAGCGAGCGUGUGGUGUAGAGUUUACACCUAACCCGCGAUUCCACCCCCUGCCGGAUUCCUCGAAACCUCGCCCUAAACAAAUUAUCAAGGCCCGCAAACUUGUCGUCGUGUCAUGCGGUGCGUGUGGCACGCCAUCCGUAUUAGAGCGUUCCGGAAUUGGGGCCAAAGACGUCCUGGAAAGAGCCGGGGUUCCUCUAGUGGAGGAGCUUCCCGGUGUUGGGUCUGACUAUCAAGACCAUAACUUGAUAGGAUAUACGUACCGGACCUCCCUAUCACCGGAAGAAACUGGCGAUGCGUUGGGGCGGCGGACUAGCUUCGAAGACGUUAUCGCCCAAAAGCAUCCGAUGUGGACGUGGAAUUAUGUCGAUCUCUCGGCCAAGAUUAGACCGACGGACGCCGAGGUUGCUGCGCUGGGGAAGGAGUUCCAGGAGGCGUGGGAUCGAGACUUUAGGGAUCGGCCUAACAGACCUAUCAUGUGUAUGGCGGUCUUGUGCGGGGUCCUGGGUAGCACCGAGGGUCUUCCUCUAGAGCAGUUCCUGUCGGUUGGGCCUUACACAGCAUACCCCUAUUCGCGCGGGCACCUGCACAUCACGGGCCCCGACGUAAGCGACCCCUUAGACUUCGACGUGGGGUUUUUCAGCGACCCGGGCGACUUGGACCUCAAAAAGCAGGUUUGGGCGUACAAGAAGGGGCGCGAGAUCAUGCGCCGCACAACCAUAUAUCGCGGGGAGGCCGCAAUUCACCAUCCCGUAUUCCCGAAGGGCUCCAAGGCAGCCUGCAUUGAAGAGUGGACCCCGGUCGCGGAAGGCGCCGAAGUACAAGACCUCGAAUACUCGCGCGAAGACGAUGAGGCGAUCGAGAAGCAUCUCCGUGAGAAAAUUCAAACCACUUGGCACUCGCUGGGCACAGCUAAGAUGGCGCCGCGCGAGGAGAAGGGCGUGGUGGAUAAGGAUCUCAAUGUCUACGGAGUCAAGGGGCUUAAGUUGGUGGAUUUGAGUAUUGCGCCGGAGAAUAUCGGCGGGAAUACGUGCAACACGGCCAUGGUUAUUGGAGAGAAAGCGGCGGAUAUCAUUGCUCGGGAGCUUGGGUUGCUUCUCCAUUGAUUGAUGUGCCUAGGUACUGCCUCAGGUGUAGGAUACCUAUGUAACUGUGAAUCUCAAUUCAAUUCAUGAUGUUUUGUCAAACUUGACUUGACCGAAAUGCAUGAGCUCUACUUCACGGAAGCCCCGCGUCGGCAUUUCCGAACAUGUCAGCCCCGGAUUCAAAUACGAUAGGCAAAGAACGACAUCCGGCCUAUACAAGUACCUAUGAUUACACCGCCACUCGACAGAUAGCCCAAAGACACUCGCAUCACGAACAUGAAGCGUAGCCAAUGCGCUGAUGAAUUGAUUUAGGAAGAGAGGACGGCCCUAGCUGAAUGACGGAAACGCAC